AUGUCUUCCGAGGAAAUCACUCCCUUCCGCGUCGACAUUCCCCAGGCUGAAAUCGAUCGUCUGUACACAAGACUGCUAACCAAGGACAUCCGACACCCAACAACAGAUGUCGUUCCAAACACCGGAGAUGACUACGGCCUCCCGACCCAAUGGGCCCAGGACCUCACGCAAUACUGGCUAAACGACUUUUCCUGGACGCAAGCGCAAGAAAAGCUCAACCAGUUCCCGCACUUCAAAACGCACAUCGAAGGCCUCGACAUCCACUUCAUCCACCAGCGGUCCCCCAACCCCAACGCAAUCCCCAUCCUGCUCCUCCACGGCUGGCCCGGCUCCUUUCACGAAUUCAGCGAAGUCAUCCCACCUCUAUGUGAAGGUAACAACACCGAUGGCCCCUCCUUCCACUGCAUCGUCCCCUCCCUCCCAGGCUUCUGCUUCUCCUCCCCACCCGCCCGCCGCGGCUGGACAGUCAAAGACACCGCCCGCGUCUUCCACACCCUCAUGCAGCGCCUAGGCUACAGCGCCUACGCCGUCCAAGCCGGCGACUGGGGCCAAUUCGUCGCGCGCGAACUCGCCGCCAACCGCGCCUACGCCUGCAAAGUGCUGCACCUCAACUACUGCCCCGGCGCACUACCAGAGCACCUCACGGACUCCGACCUCACCGAGCGGGAGAAAGGCGCUCGAGCAAAAGGCGUAGACUGGCGCACCAAUCACGUCGGCUAUGCGGUGCUGAUGCGCACACGUCCGCAGACCCUAGGCUGGAUGCUGCAAGACAACCCCAUCGGCUUGCUGGCCUUUGUGGGCGAAAAGUACCACGAAGCAUCCAACCCCGCAAUCCACAAUUCGCCAAAAUGGAAAGAGCACAUCCUGACGACCGUGUGUUUGUACUACUUCACCGACUGCAUUGCCUCCUCGGGUUUGAUCUACUAUGAGAAUGUGCCGCAUCAUUUGUUCGCGCAGUAUGCGACCGAGGAGGCGAACCGGAUCAAGUGUCCGUUUGGGUAUACGAGCUUGUGGUAUGAUACUGCACCGAAUAGUCGACGGGCGGUGGAGCGGACGGGGAAGUUGGUGUGGUAUAAGGAGCGGGAUUACGCGGGGCAUUUUGCGUGUUUGGAGGAUCCGGUGGGGAUGGUGGAGGAUGUGAAGGAGGUGGUGGGGAAGCAUUGGGAGAAGUAG